AUGGCUAAAAGAGCCCCAAAUUUUACUCAAAGUGAAAUAGAAUGGUUGUUACACUAUGUUGACAAAAAUAAAAAUGUGCUGGAAUGUAAGAAAUCGGAUGUCAAUACAUAUGGAAUGAAAAUAAAAACUUGGAAAAGGAUCGAGGAGGAGUUCAAUGCCUCAAGCAAUGGAGAGCAUCGUUCCACCCAGGUUCUUAGAAAGAAAUGGGAAAACGUGAAGAAAAGGGCAAAGGAAAAGGCAGCUGAGGAAAAACAUGAAAUAAUUACUACUGGUGGAGGUCGUGCAUCUUCAACAAAAUUCAGUGAUGAGGAAAAGAGAGUAAUUGAAAUUAUAGGAGAAGAGCAAGUAUCUGGAUCAAGAUUUGAAUUUGAUUGUGACAAUG